UGGUUUUCCCUCCAAAAGAAAAUGUGGAAUAUUUCAAAACCCUUACCUUUGACAAAUCUUCUCCCACAAUUCUCUUCCUUUCUUCAACCUCUGCGUAUAUCUGUUAUAUAUACCCACCAUCGACAAGCAGCUAUUCAUCAUCGCUAACUAAAACCAAAACCGAGUUUUUAAGCCUUACCCACUCACGAUCUUCUCUGCUUAUGGCGACCCUCAAAGCUUCCCUUGUCGCCGAUGACGGACAUCUCGGAUCCGGUGCAAUUCACGUCAUCACGGGUCCUAUGUUUUCUGGGAAAUCCACCUCUCUCCUCCGCCGAAUCAAGUCAGAGAUCAACCUCGGAAGAAGUGUCGCGAUGCUGAAAUCGAGCAAGGAUACGAGAUACGCCAAGGAUUCGGUUGUGACGCAUGAUGGAAUUGGAUUCCCUUGCUGGGCUCUUCCAGAUCUCAUGUCUUUUCCUCAGAAAUUCGGACAAGAUGCUUACGACAAGCUUGAUGUGAUUGGUAUUGACGAAGCUCAGUUCUUUGGAGAUCUUUAUGAGUUUUGCUGCAAAGUCGCUGAUGAUGAUGGCAAAACUGUUAUCGUUGCAGGCCUUGAUGGUGACUAUCUUAGAAGGAGGUUUGGUGCUUUACUUGAUAUUAUACCAAUAGCUGAUUCUGUGACGAAACUAACUGCGAGGUGUGAGGUUUGUGGACAGAAAGGUUUCUUCACUCUGAGGAAGACUUGUGACACCAGAACCGAGCUGAUCGGUGGAGCUGAUGUCUAUAUGCCAGUUUGUCGUAAGCAUUACAUCAACAAUCAAAUUGUUAACAAAGCUUCGAAGAAAGUGUUGGAUUCUGACAAGGCAAGAGCUGAAUCCUGUGUGGAGACAGAUGCUGCUAUGGUCUAAUUAUGAAUCACUGUGGAACCAGUAACAUAUAUAGUAUAGUGAGAUUCUGUUUUUUUUUUUCAUUUCCUGUGUGUUUUUGUUUUACUUGUCUGAGUUUACUGUUCUCAUCGUUGUCUUUGAAAAACACUUGUGAUGCUGCUUAUUGUAUAGAACUAUAUUUGAUUUUAAAGGUUUCUCUGAAGCUAGCU